UCCGUGCGCCACCGUUCGAUGCCGUCCGCAUGCUCCGAUUCCGCUGCUCCGGUGCCGCUGCUCCGGUGCCGCUGCUCCGGUGCCGCUGCUCCGGGCCUUNAGCACGACCAAACUCGACCCGCUCCGCUUCGUACACGCUCUCGUCGCUGCCCUUCCCAGUCGGUUCCU